GAGAAUCCUAUCACUACCCAUUCUCUACGAACUUCCACCGUUUCAUGUCAUCCCCAAGCCGACACCUUUCUCUUCCAAAUUCCAAAACCCUAAAAGGAGAAGAGAAUAAGUUAAAUGGGAAGGUCAUCGGAGACGAGGUUCUUGCAAGAACUGGUACUGUACGCGGCGAGCGCGGCUCUGAGUUGCCUGGUGCUGUUCGCGGGUCUCCGGCACCUCGACCCUAACCGAGAGGCCUCGAAGAAAGCGCUCGAGAACAAGAAGGAGAUAGCCAAGCGCUUGGGUCGCCCUCUCAUCCAGACUAACCCUUACGAGGAUGUCAUAGCCUGUGAUGUUAUAAAUCCUGACCACAUUGACGUGGAAUUUGACUCUAUUGGAGGAUUGGAAUCCAUCAAGCAAGCUUUAUUUGAACUAGUGAUACUUCCAUUGCGGAGGCCUGACCUUUUCUCUCAUGGGAAGCUUUUGGGUCCCCAGAAAGGGGUCUUGUUAUAUGGACCUCCAGGUACUGGGAAGACCAUGCUUGCCAAAGCUAUCGCAAAAGAGUCUGGAGCUGUUUUCAUUAACGUGAGGAUAUCCAAUCUGAUGAGCAAAUGGUUCGGUGAUGCACAAAAACUUGUGGCUGCUGUAUUUAGUUUGGCCCAUAAACUUCAACCAGCUAUCAUAUUUAUAGAUGAGGUGGAUAGUUUCUUGGGUCAGCGUCGUAAUACAGAUCAUGAAGCAUUAACAAACAUGAAGACUGAGUUCAUGGCUUUAUGGGAUGGAUUCACCACAGAUCAGAAUGCUCGAGUUAUGGUUCUUGCUGCUACUAAUCGUCCAUCUGAACUUGAUGAGGCUAUACUUCGACGUCUUCCUCAAGCAUUUGAAAUUGGUAUCCCUGACUGCAGGGAGAGGGCUGAGAUACUGAGAGUGAUUCUGAGGGAUGAGAGGGUUGAAGAAGACCUCGACUAUGACAUCCUAUCUAGCUUGUGUGAAGGUUACACAGGUUCAGAUCUUCUUGAACUCUGCAAGAAAGCAGCAUAUUUUCCCAUCAGGGACCUACUUGAUGAAGAGAAGAAAGGGAAACGGUCUUCAGCACCGAGGCCAUUGGCACAGUCAGAUUUGGAGAAAGUUUUUGUCUCAUCACGUAAGACUAAGGUAGCCGCUAGUGAGUAUACUGGAUUAACCCCACAAUCAUCCGGGUGGUCCGGGAAUAGGGAGCCAGGUGAUUAUCAGGUUCAAGCGGCAAUAAAUGAGCUAUCUAAGCUUGUGGUUUCCCAGAUUUUGAACAUUCAAUCAGAUGGCCAGGAGCCAUAGAAUGCCCGCAUUGAUGCUCAGUACCCUCAAUCAAAUUUGAUCGUUCAUUUUCAACAGUAACUUUGUUAGUCAUAGAGUAUUUGUUGAUGGGUUUUCAUAUUGUUUGUAAACGUAUUUAAAAUUAUAUUGUUAACAAUAUGCUUAAUACGAUUCUGCUAUCAGUUUUUCACCAUCUUUUGUAAUUUUUACAAGUUAAACGCGAUUGGUGGGUCGGCGGAGAUGGUUCAACAGAGAUGGUUCGUGUCCUCACGUUUUCCCAACCAAUGUAGAGAAGGUGUAAAAGGAUAUUGUAAUCUUGUCGAACAAAUCUCAGCAGGAACUUUUUUAUCUGAUGGAAGUUGGGUUAUGAAUCCCACAU